AUGAUCGACCCAUCGAAGGACAAGUUUGCAUACUUUAAAGAUAAUAUCCAGACAGAAGAGGACAAGGAGGAAUUUGACGCUAGUCAAUAUUACUACAAUCGAGACGAGUUGACAAACUCCAAGAACUUAAAUACAAGCAACGGAUUGAGCAAUAGCGGGGGUCCACACUUGAGUCUUUCUAGUUUUCAUUCCAUGGCCAAUGGCCUCGGGGUAGUACCUUUAGACAUGGACGUUUCAGAAUCUACCUUGGUACAGCUAGAUAGCCCCUAUUCGAGCUAUAGUGGUGGUCUCAUGCAAGGAGGACCGAGUUCAUUUUUAGGUGUUGCUGGUGUCGAACGCUUGCAAGUGGGAGCAGCUGCUAUGCCUCCGACGCACGAGCUGCACCGGAUCAGCUCUGGACGGGGUUUUCAGCUGCAGACAGAGAAUAAAGGGCCUGAUAUGUCCGAGUUCCCUGCUCUGGGUUCCAGGAUGAGCUCCUUAUCACUGGAAUCAAGCUUUGAAGGCUCGGUCGCUGACCGCAUGAGGGCCCAACCCUCCGAGUUUGUCAUUCAGAAGGAAGACUUUCCUGCGCUCUCGACGUUUGGACCUGGUGCCAGCGAAAAAAGCCCCAUGCAACCAUCGGCAGAGUUGAAGAGACACUCGAGCUUUACUUCAUCGACUGCAGAUGGUAUGCUGUCCUCACGGCUGGAACAGCAGAAGGGUGGCACAUCGAUAGGUAGCCGUGCCGGCGGGCCAGUAAUGGGGACAGGAGUUAGCGGCAGCGUAAAUCUAGGGACUGAAGCGUUCAAUCAUUUUCGUGCGCCGCGUCAAGACAAACAGGCUACUGAAAAGACUAGUAAUGGCGAGCUAGACCCGAGCAACCAGUACGGGCUUCUCGGAAUGCUGCACACCAUCAUCCGUCCAGGCAGAGACUCAAGGAAGAACUUAGCAAUGGGUUGCGAUCUUACGUCCCUCGGACUAAACCUUAACUCGGCAGAACCGCUGCAUCCGACAUUUGCAUCUCCAUGGGCUGAGGAGCAGUUGACGAAGGAACCGCAAUUCUCGUUGCCGACAUGUUACUACAAUCAACCACCGGUGCUCAAGACGACGCAUUUGUCCAAGUUUCAUCUUGAGACACUGUUCUUCAUUUUCUACUCAAUGCCUAAGGACGUGUUACAAGCCUACGCUGCCCAGGAAUUGUAUAGCCGCGAGUGGCGGUACCAUGCCGAGCUGAAGACCUGGUUGAAACGCGCGUCUUCAGCUGAUGCUUCUCUUGUGAGCAGCCAUUCAAGCUCGCCGGCUGGUGGCACAAGUACUGGAGCAUCAGCAGGCGCGAGUGCCAAUGGCAGUAUUGGCUCGAUUGGAAGCGCGAUGGGGUCUGGUGCAGGACCUUCAUUAGCAAACAGCUCACUUGCGCCGCAGUUCCUGUUUUUUGACACUGUCAUAUGGGAACGACGUGUCUUCACGGGGAACAUCAACUCCAUAAGUGCUGGUCUAUUGGGUGAAGAGGAGAUUCGGGUGAAGUUUAACGCGUCUUCGUAA